AUGGUUUCUCUCCCCGAGACGAUCAAGGCGCUCCAGGUUCAAAGCGACCGCACAGUCAAAGUCAUUGAUCUUCCCUUCGCCUCGCAAGAGAAGGUGAAGAAUCUUCCUGACAAUCAGAUCUUGCUUCGUGUUCGCGUCGUGGGCCUCAACCCUACCGACUGGAAGCACGCUUUGGGUGACUGGGGCAACGGCAACACCAUCGCAGGCUGCGACGCGGCCGGUGAUGUCGUCGCCGUCGGCUCUGCAGUCACCCACAUCAAAGUUGGAGACCGCGUCGCCGCAUUUGGCGAGGGUGGCUCAUGGCAAUCCGACAACGGCGCAUACGCAGAAUACGCGCGCUUCAUCGCCUCCGCCGUCUUCGUUCUCCCGCCCGACAUGACCUAUGAAGAAGGCGCCUCCUUCCCGAUCCCGCACUUCACCGCCGUCCAGGCAAUCCACAUGCGCUUCGGCGUGCCCAAGCCGCUCUCGCCCGAGGCCGCCGAGUUCAAGAAGAAGGGCGAGAAGAUCCUCAUUUGGGGCGGGAGCACGGCCGUCGGUCAUCAUGCGAUCCAGCUCGCGGCGCUGUCGGGGCUUGAGGUCUACGCAACGGCUUCGCCUUCUGCGCAUGAGUAUGUCAAGGCUUUGGGCGCGUCGCGGGUGUUCGACUAUAAGGACCCGGAUGUUGUGUCGAAGAUCCGCGAGGCGGCUGGCGAGCAGGGGAUCAUCUACGGGCUUGACAGUGUCUCCGAGCAGAGUAGCACGACCUCUACCAUCGACGCAAUGUCAUCCACCCGCGAUGGUCACCUCAUGAUCCUCCUCCCCGUCCCCGACGAAACCCAAAACCGCCGCCCGAACAUCAAAGUAGAGCUCGCGCUCGCCUACACCGUCCUUGGCUACCCCGUCUUCUUUGCGCAUGUCGUGCACAUGCCCGCCAAGCCCGACGACUACGCUUACAUGCUCGAAUACAACACCAACGUUAUCCCGCGCGUGCUGGAUGGGUGGAAGGCCGGACAGGGCGCGCCGAACUUCAGGACGCAGAAGCUGAGGGUGUUGAGGGAGGGAUUUGAGGGGCUUGAGGAGGGGUUGAAGAUUAUGCGGGAUGGGGCGUAUGGGCGGGAGAAGCUCGUGUGCAAGCUUGCUUGA